CGUUAAAGUUCAAAUCUAACAGACCAAAAAACUUCCAUAAUGUAGGGACAACCUCUGCUUCUUUUUUGUUCGGUUUGAGUAAAUAUUGUAUGUUUUAUAUAUCGUAUAUUUUGAAUAAGUAUUUGCUUCGUUUCACCAAUUUUGUUCACAUCUCAUCUGCUGUUAUUAAAUGGUAUAUAUUGAUAUUAUCGUUAAAUUGUCUGUAGGUGUGAAUGUGUAUGUAUGUAUAUAUAUGUGUGUGUGUGUGUGUGAGUCCCAAGCCAUAUAAGGAAAAAUCAAGGAUGUCUCUGGGUUUCCUGAGGUUUGUUUUGAGUCAGGCACUGAGCCGCAGUCCUCGUCGAACCAUCAGCCUGGUCAGCUUAUCACUGGCAGCCAAACCAUCGACCCUCAGGCCAGCAUGGUGUUGCCAUACUGUCCCGCCCUGGCUCUGUAUGUCCUUCUCCACAGACACUGAGAGCGGGGACACAGACAUGACAGAUACCCAGAAGGAGACUAAAAAGUUGGACCCGAAAACACGGGUCACUUUUGGCAGCGUGGGUAGGAAGAUUGGCCAGCGUCUUAUACAGCUACUGGGUGAGGAUGGUGAGGAUUUGGGUACAAUGCACCGCGCCGAAGUGAUACGACUGAUGGACCAAACAGGGCUGAAGCUUGUUGCCAUAAAUGACAAUUGUGAUCCUCCAUUAUACAGACUGAUGAAAGGGAAACAGAUCCACGAGGAGCAGAUGAAACUUAGAGACGCACAGAAAGCCAAGAAAGGACCCGCCCAAUCAAAGGAGCUCACUUUCUCCUCAGAUAUUUCCCUUCACGAUUUAGAUACUAAACUGCGGCAGGUCGUCAGCUGGCUGGAAAAGAAGAACCACGUCAGACUCACUAUCCGAGCAGGAGCAGACAGUGGCGCACCACUGGACAAAGUCUUAACUCAGAUGGUGGAGAGGAUAUCAGUGCCGGUUGGCUUUGUAUCAAAACCCUCUGUGGUUCGUGGGGGUCGUGCUGCCAUGUGCGUCCUUCGGCUUGCUACCGCUAAAGAGCUGCAGAAGAAGGAAGCAGAGACUUCGAACAAGAAUUUAAAACCUGACUUUGAGACACCAACAUCUCCUGAUACCUCCUCUACAGAGGAGCCAAAAGACUUAAAGCAACAAUAAAAAUCUCUGCAACGGUUGCAUAUUUUGGAACAAGU